ACCCCCCUCCCCGCCAGCAAGCCCACUCGGAAGUGGCGCGUCUAGACGUGCAGCACUCUCUGAAGGGAAUCCAGUGGACGUCCAUUCAAGGCGGGAGAGGGGGAAACACGCGCCCACCUGCGCCUUUAAAAAACCCAACCUGGCUUCCUUGGCUUUGGGCUGGAUGUUGGGAGGGGAGGGAGGGGGCUCGGAGGGGAGGCGUCACGUGUGCAAGCGCCUUCACGUGUGGCGGCACGGGGCGCGGGUAUAAAAAGGCCCCGCCUGGCUUGGAAGGGCUGCUGUCAGCCCCAUCGCUCUUCUUCGGACGGCGCCCGGCUUCUCCCCCCGCCCUCCUCGCCGAGCCAGGCCGGAGAAGAAGCCCCCUCCCUCCUUCCUUCCCGUGGGAGACCCGCCAUGCCUUCCUGACUGACCGCGCAGAGAGGAGAGAGAAAGAGCGAGCUUUUGGGCUGGACCCCUUCCUUCCUUCCUUCCUUCCUUCCUUCCCGAGGAAGAGACACGGCAAGGCAAGGCAGGGAUGUCGCUCUCUGGGUGCUGCAAGGAGGACGAGGAGAAGGAGAGGGCGAGCCCGGAGCGAACAGGGCAAGGGCGACACUGGCGAGUAUGUAUGACUAACUGCCCUACACUGAUUGUCAUGGUUGGCCUCCCAGCAAGAGGAAAGACUUACAUCUCAAAGAAAUUGACUCGGUACUUGAACUGGAUUGGCGUGCCUACAAAAGAAUUCAACGUUGGUCAGUAUCGUCGGGAUUUGGUAAAAACGUACAAGUCCUUUGAGUUCUUCCUGCCAGACAACGAAGAAGGCCUAAAAAUCCGAAAACAGUGUGCCUUAGCAGCACUGAAUGAUGUUCGGCGAUAUCUUGGUGAAGAAAAUGGGCAUGUGGCAGUUUUUGAUGCCACAAACACUACAAGAGAACGUAGGGAAACCAUCUAUAAGUUUGGUGAGGAAAAUGGAUAUAAGACGUUUUUUGUGGAAUCUGUAUGUGUUGAUCCAGAGGUCAUUGCUGCAAAUAUUGUGCAAGUGAAGCUGGGCAGUCCUGAUUAUGUUGACUGUGGGAGUGAUGAAGCUACAGAAGACUUCAUGAAAAGGAUUGAAUGUUACAAGAAUUCAUAUGAGACACUAGAUGAAAAUUUGGAUAAGGAUCUUUCUUACAUUAAAAUAAUGGAUGUUGGAAGGAGUUACCUUGUGAACCGAGUAAUCGAUCAUAUCCAGAGCCGUAUUGUUUACUACCUCAUGAAUAUCCACGUCACUCCUCGCUCCAUCUACCUCUGCCGACAUGGUGAAAGUGAACUAAAUCUAAAGGGAAGAAUAGGAGGAGAUACAGGGUUGUCUCCUAGAGGAAAAGAGUUUGCCAAGGGCCUGGCAUAUUUCAUUAAUGAGCAAAACAUCAAAGAUUUGAAAGUAUGGACAAGCCAGAUGAAAAGGACCAUUCAGACUGCAGAGGCCUUGGGAGUGCCUUAUGAGCAGUGGAAAGUUUUGAAUGAAAUCGAUGCGGGAGUCUGUGAAGAAAUGACAUAUGAAGAAAUUCAGGAAAAUUACCCAUUAGAAUUUGCAUUGAGAGACCAGGACAAAUACAGAUACAGAUAUCCAAAAGGAGAGUCCUAUGAAGAUCUUGUUCAAAGAUUGGAGCCAGUAAUUAUGGAAUUGGAAAGGCAGGAAAAUGUGCUUGUAAUCUGUCACCAAGCUGUUAUGCGCUGUCUGCUUGCUUACUUUCUGGACAAGCCUGCAGAAAAACUGCCUUAUCUCAAGUGCCCACUGCAUACUGUCUUAAAAUUAACCCCAGUGGCUUAUGGUUGCAAGGUAGAAUCCAUAUUCCUGAAUGUUGAAGCUGUCAAUACGCACAGAGACAAACCACAGAAUGUAUGUGUUAACCGCUCUCGGGACGAAGCUUUGAGGACUGUACCUAAUCACUUGUAACUCUCCUGACCUGGUGCCAACACCGUCCCAAACUGCUGAAGCAGCUCAAAAGGAACCACUCAGGGACAUGAGAAUGAAGACAGCCAAGUAACACUCAAAGGCACGCACUCCUCCUCUUUUAGACUGUGUUUUAACUACCAAGGACUUGGCAUCAAAGGCUGAAGCAUACCAAGUAUUUAUGGGAUAUACAAUGAAAAUGCUUUUAAUCUAUGUUGUCUUAUGUUGUCCCUUGCCCGUGGAUGUUAAAGGUUAUGAAAUUGUGUUGUUACUCAAUGUAAGGGUUUGACUUCAUCAAGCUUCUAAAAUCUUUUCUUAAGCUAUUGCUGUAGAAGACCAUCUAGUCUUUCUGUAUCAGUACUUUGAUUAUUUUAUUCAAAUAUUAUAAAAUAGCCCCAAAGAGAGGAUAUUUUUAAAUAACAGAGGGCAUAUAUAAUAUUUAUUGUAUUGUGCAAGAAAGUAUAUCAAUUCCUUCGAGAAUCCAUUCCAACUUCUGUUUUGUAAAUGUGUUAAUCCUGUUAAUAUAUCAGUUUUAGCAACACUUUUUAAUUAUUUCAGUGCUAUACAAUAGACUAUUAAAUUGCCAUUUUUUGGCUGUUUACACUCCACAAAUUGGAAUAUUGAAUUUCUUUAAAAAUUAAAUUAAAGGCACCACUUGAUAUUUCAUAUCUUCUAUAACCAAAAUUUCCUUUAAAGUGCACUCCUAUCUUUUUCAGUUAUUUUAAACCAUCUCCGUUAAUAUUUUAAAAUAUUUUUUAUAGAGAACAUGAAUAUAUUCCACAAGAUAACACCAUAUUGUAAGCACUUUUUAUUUAACAAAGGUCAUUAUACUUGUUUUUGUCUUUGAACUUUGGCUAAGCACAAAAGCAAACUACAAACAGGUACCAGUUGAGCUUAUGAAAAGAAAGGCUUAAAAAUAACACCACCUUACAUGGAAUGAAAAAGAACACAAUAAACAGCACUGUUAAGGCAAGGUUCAAGGCAAACCAUGAAACAAAAUGACUCCGAAGCAGUAGCGUUAUUAACAUUAUGGGAACAUGUUUUGUUUCUUAAACCAAAGUCACAUAUAAAAUACUGCUUCGCGUUUUUUAAUUGUGGGAUUGUUAUUAAUAAUAAUAUGACUUGUACGGUUCUUUUGUCAGCCAAAUUAUAUUGGCAAGAUGAACUGAAAGGGAUUCUUUAGAUGUGUCUGUUUUACUGAUAUAUGAAGUUUUUCCUCUCUGAAAAGCACAAGGCAUGUAGAAGUCCUAUAAAAAAUAUCUCCACUUCUCAAGAAGGGCGGACCGUUGAGUACUUUCUCUCUCGAAACCUCUGCUUCCAUACAUCAUCAUUACAGAAGAGAAAGGAAACACACUGGAACAUGAAGUGGUGCAGGUUUUUCAGUACUUGCAUGCAUAGCUCCGCGUGGUCUUGUUGAUGAAUCUGUGUAAUGUUCUUCCAACUAGGUGGAUGCCCCACAUUUUGAAAUGAGUCAAAUGAUAUACCCUUGUGCAUAUUAACCUUUCAUUUGUAUGUAUUCAAUAAAAGUGAUACAUUUUGUCAGUAAUUCUUGAUGUGACAGAAUUUGGCAAGCAGUAGAUUGGGCCCAGAAUUGUGUUGGUACACAACAUCAGUUAUGCUGCAGCAGCUGAAGGGAGAAAACAAUAGGCAUGGAUUUAGAGAAAGUGGGCUGAUUUUGUCCAUUGUCCUUGCCACACCUGACAAAAAUAAAAGGAACUACACAGUGUACUACACCAACAGGAUUCUGACUCUCAGGGGCCCCUUUCCACUACCCAGUACCCAAUUCUAGUGUUAUUAUUCCACUUUAACCGUAAUGUUGCAUCCUAUGGAAUUGUGAAAUUCGUUAUUUGAGGAGGCGCUAGAACUCUGACUAAAAAUACUCAAUGCGCCUCCCUGAAUUGCGAAUCCCACAAUUCCUUAGGAUGUUGCCAGUGCAAUCGGUGUGGAGUGAUAGCACUCUAAAUUGGGUAGGUGAAAGCUUCCAUAUGUGUUCGUUCUUGAAAAGAGGAAAGUUGUGUCCUCUGGAGUUGGAACAUUUUUAUUCACUUUCUAUGUCAGUCACUUAACUGAUUCUUGCCAUGCUGUUAGCACUAGACCUACACACAAUGCACCAUAAGUUUACAACCAUGGCUGGGUGCUAUAAUAACAACUUGCCGCUAUGUUGAGUUUCUGACUUCAGCAAUAUUUCGUUUUCAGCAAAUAAGCCAUAAAAGCAAUCUCAUUUCAGAAAAUGGAAUGAUUGUGUUAAACUGUAAGUGCUUUAACUGUAUUUCAUCUUAUCAGGUAAUAGUGUUUGAAUUGUGGAUCCCUUGUAACUGGAGUAGAUGAGGACCAGAAAGUAGAGCUCUUGACCCACAGAAACAUGUGGCAUAAGCUAUAGAACUGAGUGCUGUUCAACAAUUUUCCCAAAUGCAAGCUAAGGGAUAUGAACAAUUUUUUGCAAUGUAGUGGGAAGGUACAACUUUGUGUAGUAAAUGCUGCACUGAUAAAACAACGCUCCUUUAUUUAGAUGACACAAUGGGCUUGUCUUCAGUGGUGGGCAAAACAUUUUCUUUUAAAGUUUUCAUAACCCAAAAUAAGUGUUUAUUUUCCUUGUUCAUUUGCUUCUAUGUUUCUUGUUGUGCUCUAAGAUUACAUGGCUAAAUAUUUAAUGUAUAGUAGAUAUUUUUAUAAUACAGACUAUGAUUACAGUGUGUUCUUCUAUGGAUGUAUAAGAUAUCCCAUCUGUUGUAUGCAAUUAUAAAUUUAUGUCAAUACUUGAAAAUGAAAAGACUUAGGAAGCUCUGACUGGUUUUUUUUAAAUUAAGCUGUGAUUUUAAAUGCAGAACUUAGAAGUCAGUCCCUCUUUGAAUCUAAUAAUUGGAGUUGCUUCCAAGUAAAUGAGCUUAAGAUUGGACUGUUCUAUUUUUUAUGUUUUCCUUCAGUUCCAGAGGCUAUCUUUAGAAGAUCUAUAUUUCAACAGGACUGCUGGAAAUAUUAAAGGAAAGGGUAAAUGCAAGAAAUUCUUAAAUGCAAAGGAUAAAUGUAAGGCUUGGUUAGUAGCAGUUUCCUGUUAAGUGUAUGCUUGAGGAAAAAUCUAUAUCUGCAACUGUAUAAUAUGUGAAACAGCCUUUAGGGAGUACUAUGAAGUCCAAGGUGUUAUGAAAAGUACAUGUUAUAACUUCUGUAUGGUGGACCCAAAUGAUUUUGAAUGACUUUUUAGUUCAGAUGCAACUGUUAAAUUUAUGUGCUAGUUCUGAUGCAAUCUUUUGCUGUUUUUGGGCCUUUAAGUUAGUAUUUUAAAGGAGAUGUGAAUUUUAUGUAGCCUAAACUCCUAAAUAAUAAAUACUAAAUUUUAAAUUCUAA